ACAAGAGAACUCUCCGCUGCAGAAAACAACAACUCGACCUCUCUCAACUAGCUGAGGACGCUCUACAAGCCGUCGAUAUGGACAUGGAACAGAUGCAUGCCAGGAGGCUCCUGUCGCACGCCGCUGGGGCGGCAGCCACGCCGGCCGUCGCCUCGACGCCUGGCCCGUCCGGCACGCCGCGUUCGACGCCCUUCGGAUCGGCGGACGACACGGUGAUCACCAUCCUGUCUCUCCUUCUCUGCGUCCUCGUCGUGGCGCUCGUGCUCCGCGCGUUCGUCCGCUGCGGGUACCGCUUCUACUACGGCCAGACCGAGCCCCUCCCCCUCGGCGACGUCGAGGCCGGCAUGCAGAUGGCCGCGCUGCAGGCCCUGGCCGGGGCCGUCGCCGUCGCCAGCGCCAGCUCCAAGAAGAAAGGGAAGGGGAAGGGUGCCGCCAUCCGAGCGAUCCCAACGGUGGAGUACUCGGCCGAGAUCGAACUCGCCGUGUGCUCCUCCACCGAGUGCGCCAUCUGCCUGACCGAGUUCGCGCAGGGCGAGCGCGUCCGCGUGCUGCCGCGCUGCCACCACGGCUUCCACGUCCGGUGCAUUGACCGCUGGCUCUCCGCGCACCAGACGUGCCCCACCUGCAGGCGGGAGCCGUUCUCUACGCCCGCGCCUCAAACCACUGUCGAGGAGCCGGCGCCGGCGGCCGUGCAGCUGCAGGUCGUGGUUGAAGCUGGACAGUCCGAGCAAAUUUAACGGUGUAAAACGUAAUGAAAAUUGUGCAGUAACUAGUGAGAGCACUGUAUUCUAAAAGAAAAAAAAAACUACUACUCCUGAGCACUGAAGAAAAAAUGCACAGUGAACAUUUUUGCAA